AUGCUCCGAGCCUCCUCGUCAGAAGGACGAAGGAUCGCACACGUCGCUACAUCAGAGGGGAUCCAGUGGCACUUUAACCCCCCUUCGGCGCCACAUUUUGGUGGACUCUGGGAGGCAGUCGUGAAAUCUGCCAAGUAUCACCUGCGCCAAACCAUCGACGAAACCAGGCUCACCUUCGAGGAAAUGAGCACCCUGCUCGCACAAGUGGAGGCAUGCCUGAACUCCCGGCCCAUGCAUGCCCUCUCAGACGACUCCGACGACCUCACGGCUCUGACACCAGGUCACCUGCUCAUCGGGGCACCACUGCUGGCCAUUCCUGAGCCUUUCUUGUCGGACACGAAGGAAAAUUUGCUUUCCAGGUGGCAACUUAUCCAGCGAAUGCGAGACCACUUCUGGCAGAGAUGGUCACGCGAGUACUUACACACUCUAGCUACCAGACCGAAAUGGACCAAGGACGCUUUGCCAUCACGCAUUGGAUCGCUAUGCAUCAUUCCUUUGAAGGAAGAAUUCAGCUUGCGAGUGAACAGUGCAAACAUCCACCGAAAGUUGGUCAAAAACAAGUUAAGGAAGGAUGAGAGCAUUCAAGAAUACUACCUAACUAUGAGGGAAUUAACGUCGCAAGGAAGUUUAGAUGUCGAAUCAACGAUACAGUACAUCAUCGAUGGUAUCCCGGAUGACAGUAGCAAGGUGAUGUUAUAUGGAGCUCGAAAUUAUAAUGAGCUCAGGUCUCGCCUCCGUGUAUAUGAGAAGAUACAAGAACGAGAAACAAUAGCCAUGAAGAAUAAUCCGAAGAAAAAAGUAGCAAACAAGGCAAACAAGGACGACGCCAAAUUGGUGAAAGAGGAAAAGAAGAAAACCAGGGGAACAUUGCUACAAUUGUGA